CAGCAAGAGCGCGCAUAGAAGGACGGUGAGCGCGCUUCACUGAAAGUGACUCGAGCGUAUCUCCGUGCGCGAAAGAAACUCUCACUGGCUCAUUUUAACCGAAUAAAAUAUGUUAUCUAACUUCAAAUGACUAUCUCGCAUGAAAUAGAUCUGUAGUUAUGCCUCGUGCUUAUAAAUAAACGAAAUCAUCAGGGGAAAACUGGAAUAUGCCUCCACCUGACAUUCAAAGGUAAAAUCUCUUCAGAAAAGGAAUUUGUGUUUUACGCAAGAAACCGUUACAACAAAACUUUUAAUUUUAUUUUUUAUUGUUAUAUUCAUUAAUAAUCCAGAGAAGAUAUUGACACCGAACUCGUUCCGGGGAACUCAGUGGCUUGUUAGUAACUUAUAUAAAGAUAAUUGUGCGUCGAGAUGAUGAGCGUUUAAAGCGCACGCGACUCCCGCCGCUCCCGCGCGCCGGAGGAUCCGUCCGUUAAUGUUCAUGGAGUUUAUACGCGGGAGCCACUAGAAUGGAAACCGUGAUUGAUGAAACGGAGGCCUUACAGAGAUUCUUCGAAGGUCAUGAUAUUAACAGCUCUUUGGAGCCAACAAACAUUGACACGAGUAUCUUGGAGGAAUACAUCAGCAAAGAGGACGACAGCACUGAUAUUUGUUUCACAGAGGUCCACAGCACCCCAGGACCUCAGUAUCCCUCGCCCCAGGCCGGGGCAUCCUCUUCAGGGGGGGUAGGGUGUGGCGUGAGCCCACCCAUUCCCCUGCGCCAGGGCACCGUCCUGUCUCUGCCCCAGCCCUGCCAAAACCCCUAUCCACCUCCACCCCCACUGAGCCACCUCAGACAGAACUACCCCUGUCUGGGGCAACAGCAGAGCCAAACACCCCAACACCAACAGACACACGUCAAACCAGACCACCGCGGACAGUACGCCCCGGGAACGCUACCCGAGUCCCCUCCUGACUCCAGCUCAGAGCCAUAUUCACCCCAGCAAGCCAACGAUCCACACAUGCUCAGGACAAUGACGCCCGAGAACAUGUGUCACAUGACCAGUCCUCCUCCUCUCCCUACACACCCCCACUAUCCCAGCAUGCACCGGGACAUGUACCUUAAGCCAGAGCCUAUGAUCUCACAGUAUUCGAUUGGUCCAGCCAGCAGCGGGGGCGGAGACAUGCAACAGAGUCAGAUGCUUCAUCAACUCCUACAACAUCCACAAGGACCAGAUGGGAUUCCCGUGCAUCCAACAAAGAAGAGAAAACAUUCAGACUCUCCCAACAGCACUCUCAACUCUCAGAUCCUCACAGGCAUCAUCAAACAAGAGCCAGGUUUAAUGCAGGAUGCAGAAAACUCAUACCUGGAUCCAAACUACCAGUGUAUAAAGUGGCAGCCGCACCAGCAGAACAAAUGGACUACAUUAUACGACUCCAGUGGAAAAGAACUUCCGAUGCCUACAUAUAGGGUGGAUGCAGAUAAGGGGUUUAACUUCUCCCUGGCUGAUGAUGCAUUUGUGUGUCAGAAGAAGAACCACUUCCAAGUGACCGUGUACAUCGGGAUGCCAGGAGAUCCCAAAUAUGUCAAGACCAGUGAGGGGCUACAGCCCAUUGAAUGCUUUUACCUGAAACUCAAUGGGGUCAAGCUGGAAGCGAUGAAUCAGUCCAUUAAUGUGGAACAGUCACAGUCUGACCGGAGCAAAAGACCUUUUAAACCAGUGUUAGUGACAUUGCCGCCGGAGCAGGUGACCAAAGUAACGGUGGGACGUCUCCAUUUCAGUGAGACCACAGCUAAUAACAUGAGAAAGAAAGGCAAGCCGAACCCCGACCAGAGGUACUUCAUGCUGGUGGUUGCUCUUCAGGCUCAUUGUCACAGUCAGAGCUACACUGUGGCGGCUCAAGUCUCCGAGAGGAUCAUCGUCAGGGUAACCGCUGCGUCUAACCCGGGUCAGUUUGAGAGUGACAGUGAAGUGUUGUGGCAGAGAGGGCAGCUGCAGGACUCGGUGUAUCAUCACGGCCGGGUGGGCAUCAAUACAGACCGGCCGGAUGAGGCUCUGGUUAUCCAUGGCAAUGUGAAGGUCAUGGGUUCCCUUGUGCACCCUUCUGAUAUUAGAGCCAAGGAGAAUGUGAAGGAGGUGGACACCACUGAUAACCUGAGGAGGAUUUCCCAAAUGAGGCUGGUGCACUAUCAGUAUAAGCCUGAGUUUGCAGCCACCGUGGGCAUUGAUGCCACUUCUGAGACUGGGGUCAUCGCUCAGGAGGUCCAGCAGAUUCUGCCGGAGGCUGUGAAGGAGGGAGGAGACGUGGUGUGUGCUAACGGAGAGACCAUCCCUAAUCUACUGGUGGUCAAUAAAGAGCGGAUCUUUAUGGAGAACGUGGGAGCAGUGAAGGAGCUCUGCAAACUCACUGAUAAUCUGGAGACUCGCAUUGACGAACUUGAACGCUGGAGCCGAAAGCUGGCAAAGCUGCGCCGACUAGACAGCAUGAAGAGCACGGUCAGCGGGGGAACCGUCAGCCAAUCAGGAAGCUAUUUUAGCAGAACAGGAAGUGGACCACUCAAGAAAAAAACAGCUAAGCCAGGAAGCAAGCGGUCCGACCCGGAGCAGAGCUGCCUGAGUCACAGAUUCAUGCAGGGCACCAUCCUGGCGCUGGUCAUCAUAAUGACCUUCAGUGUCAUCUCCAUGUCCAUCCUCUAUGUGCUCAAUCUUCAACGUCGUGGAAGCAUAAGUGAUGUUGAGGGAGUCGUUUGUAGCUCUGCGUCCCGCUGCCUUCUCUUCGUCUCGUGGACGCCCUUCCUCACUGCAACCGUCACAUUCUGUCCAUCCUUUUGUCUGUGGUCUCGUUCUGCCGUGGGUUCGGCUCUUCAGACUUCUUUCUCCUCUGUCAGAGUGACCACAUCCACUCUCUCACCAGACUCCACCUCGCCAUCGUUGUCCAGUCAUCAUUCAACACCUGCCUCAACCAACCAAUCAGCCACUAUCAGUCUGUUGCCAGGCAACAACCAAUCCACUCCCGACUCCAGCACUGGCGUUCCCACCCAGGCCACGAUUAACAAGAAGGCAAAGUCUCGCUUACUGGACAAAGACAGCCGGAACAAGAACCGCCUGAGUCACACGUCUUCUCCUCUGUUCCUCAGUAAAAGCAAACGGCCGCCUCAGUCUCCAGAGCUGAGCGGAGCAACCAAACGCUUGCCUGGUGGACAACAGCCACCGUCCCGCAGACAGCGCAGUAUCAACACACAGGGUGGAAAUCCAGCAGCAUGUCUAAGCAAACUUCACAUUGUGGAGAUGGAUCAGGAGAUCAGAACGCUUGAUUGUUCCUCGUCUGAGAGCUGCAGCUUCACUCUGUUUCUAAAUGGAGACAGAAACUCAUCUAUGUCUUCCGUUACUCUGCACAUGAUCUCCUCCUCCGAGGUCUGGGUGUGGCAGUGUGGAGCCACCAGGGGGCGACUUUGUCCAAAUCAACCAGAAGCUUCUUUCUCACUAGAGCGGAGCGCUUAUACAGCGGGGACCAGCCACCUGUGGUCACUUCCUGUUACGCCUUUUCAAGAGGUCACCUACUAUUUUCGAGUGUCACAUUCAAGUCAAACGGGAUGUAGCAAUGAAGAUGGCGAUGUGUCCUCGCAGUGCUCUGAGUACAGUUUCCUCAUUCAAAGCACAUGCUAAGCAGCUUCAAGAUUCAUGAUAUUCAGCUUCAACUUCUCCUCUGUCCACUCGUAUCACCGCCAGAGAUUCAAAGACUGUUUUAUCUGAGUGAGCUGAUGAAGACAUCUUAUCUCUGUUUGUUCUAGGCAUAUUUGUGCAAGAUGAAAACAAAAUUAGCAUUAAAAAAAAAAUUAUUCAGAGAUCACUCAGCCUUAACCUUGAUUAUAUAUUACUGCUUAUAUACACACUUGCACACAUACACACAAACAUUUAUAUAUUCAUUGUCUUUUUGAUUUGCCAAGAUGUAAUAUAAACAGGUACCAGUUCAUGACUUUUGGGUGGAGUUCACACUCUGCAGUCUUUUCUCUCUGCUUCUCUCUGUCUUUAUGUGAAAUUGACUGUAAUAUCAUAAAAUGCUCUUGCAGUCAACAUGAAAUCUAAAAGGACCAAAUUUACCCUCUUAAAACUUGCUUUUGUGCAUGAUUCAGCAAUGCACAUUAUUCGCAUUUCCUUUAAAUGCCAUUAAAUUGUAUGUGUUUUUGAAUCUUGAAGCAAUAGGUCACCCCAAAAUUUUAAUUUGCUGAAAAUUUACUCACCCUUAGGCCAUGCAAAGUGUAGAUGAGUUUUUUCUUCAUUAAGAACUGAUAUGGAGAAAUCACUUGCUCACCAAUGGAUCUUCUGCAGUGAAUGGGUGCCGUCAGAAUGAGAGUCCAAACAGCUGAUAAAAACAUCACAAUAAUCCACACCACUCCAGUCCAUCAGUUAAUGUAACAAAUACAUCCUUUUAAUGUCAAACCAUCGCUUCCAGCUAAAAUAUGAGUCCAUAAUUCAUAAUAAUGCUUUCUUCAGUUAAGAAAUUGUAUCAUCUGAAUCGGGAGAGAAAUAUGCACAGAUCAGGCACCGUUUACAAUUGAAAACCAUUCUAAACAAAUAUCUCUCUGGAUUUUGAUGUAAGACAACAACAGGACUUUAUCACUAGAUGAAUUGUUAUUAUGGAUUCAUAGCCAUCAGAACGAUAUUUUGGCAAGAAAUCUCUCGUUCUGAUGGCUAAUGCUAAAUUUCUCCAAAUCUGCCAAGAAGCAUUCAUUUUCAUUCUUAAUGCAAGUCUUUACAGUGAACCAUCUGCAUGCAAGUCUUUUUAUUUUUCUUGGUCUCUGACUAUUUAUACACUGGAUAUGGCUUUAACUGCACCAGCUCAUUAUUAAUGAGACACAAAUUAGGUUGUUUACCUCAUUUUUUGUUAAACUCCUCAUAACUGCUGUCGAACACUAUGAAGGAUUUUAGCAUUAAUAAUAAACAGGCAGAGUCUUUAUGUUAAAGGCCUCAGUUCUGCUGUCGCAUUCACUGGAGAGAAACAGUUAAGAUACAGAUAUAAAGAAAGCAGUGUAUAAAAAUAAAGCAGGAGCCAUAAAAGCAACUACUGGAUUUGUCUAAAAGUCACUGGAUGUCUCUGUUAAACUGGAUAGACUUCUCACUGGAACCGACAGCAAACACUGGAUCUUAAACACCUGUCAGGAAACACUGCAAAUUGAGUUUUUACUUUAUUUUAUUAUUUCCUUUUCCUUCUUUUACAGUGUAUAUUCUUUCAUUUUUAAUGCAUUGUUUUGAAUUCACGUAGUAUGCUGCUCUGCGUACUAUGCUUUAAGCCAUAACUAAUGAUUGUGUUCAAAAUUAGAGCGGAUCCCUGUUGUUUUUCACAGGUUUUGUCAGACAAUUUCCUAAACUUUCAGUGUUUCUAAACAACAAAACUAAUAUCAGUCUUUCAAGAAGAAAAAUGACUUUCAUGUAAUCCAGGACUAUGUACAUUUCAACACCAUAUUAAGAGUCUUACUGUCUUUGUUUGUUUCUUAUCCUUGUAUACCAUACAUUUUGAUGUACUAGAUACUGUUUGAAUAUUUUAAAGCAGUAAGGAAAGCCAUAAUGUAGUCUUUGUACGGCUGGGUAAUAUGUGAUUGUGUUAGCUGUGGUCAAAUCAAGAAGAGAACCAGGAGUGUUAACUAAAAAUUUUGUGCACUAAAAUUUCCAUAAUGCCAUACUAAUGCAUGAUACUGAUUCUGAGUAUUAAACAUUUGAAAUGAUCUUUAGAAAUCUAAUAUAUGGCUAUUUUUAAAAAAUCAUUGGGAGCAUCACAUAUUCUGUCAUGAAUAAACCAGCCUCUUGUGGAAGCACUUGCAAACUAUGCACUGUAAAUAUUGUUCUUCUAAUGUUAUCUGUGGCAUUUAAAACUCUGUAAUAUAUGAAAACUCUUCUAAAUGUUCUUGUGAGAAUUCAGUUUGGUUUUUAUUAUUUGUUAUAACUCAUAUUUCAUUAUGUACAACCUUUAUUUCUCCUUUAUUUCUGUUCUUUUUACUCGUCAUUAGAUUCGUUUCAUAGCAUGUUUGACCUACAUUUAUGAUUAGCUUGUUCUCUGUUAAUCAUAACAAAUUUGAUUAAAAACAUUACUUUUUAAAAUAUCUUUUUUUGGGGGGUGAAACAUACCGUUUAUCACUGACACAAAAAUAUUUUCUUAUUUUUAUUAUCUUUAUUGACAUAAGCCCUGUAAGACCUAAAAUAUUAAAAACUGUUUAUUCACUAUUGUGUUUAUGAUACAUUUUUUCAUUUCCAAUUCUUUCUCUGAGCUUUCUGAAAGCCUCUGUUGUAUAUUGAUACAUAAUCGUUAUUUUUAGUUCGUCUGCAUAAUUUGUCUGACUUUUUUGACAUGUAUGUGUACUGAUGUCAUAAUACAAAUGCAUGCAAGCAUGAUGCAUAAAUAAAAAUUCUGGAUACUAAA